AAUCGGAUUAAUAAUUUUCUUAUCGAAUUCUCCUUUAAUGGUAUACGGUUUAAGUGACGGAGACUGCCAAAACAUAGUAGAAGCUGUGCAAGCGGAAGUACAAAGGAAAACACGUUUACAUGUUGCUCAAUAUCCAGUGGGGCUUAACAAUGUUGUCAAAGAUCUUGAACGGCGUUGCCUCGGGGAACUUGUAUACGACUUUGAAAACCGGCGCAGGCUGAAGACAACUCUCGCCAAAGGGUUGUUAAAGGAUGAGGCUAAGGUAGUUGGCAUUUUCGGUAUGGGUGGAAUAGGGAAGACAACUCUCGCCAAAGAGUUGUUUAAUCGAAAGAGUUGUAAUUACUCUAGAGCAAGUUUUUUGUUUGAUGUGCGAGAAGCAUACGAGAGAAGAGAAUUACCUUCUUUGCAACUGAAGCUUCUCAAAGAUCUCUUCCAUUCACAUCAUCUCAGUUUUAAAAAUACAGAAGAAGGAAUAAGCUAUCUCAAAGAUAGUCUAGAAAGAAGUCCCGCCGAUUUAAGCUUCCUACUUGUUGUAGAUGACAUCGAUCAUGUGGAACAGUUAAAUGCUUUACUGGUCAUGGAUAUCUUAAAUAAAUUAGGCAAUAGUCUUGUCAUUAUCACAACUCGUGAUGUUGGGGUGCUUAUCAACACAGGGAUUACUGAUGGUUAUCUUUUAAAAGGAAUGGAUAGAAAUCAUGGAAGCGAACUCUUCUGUUGGCAUGCCUUUGACCAACCCAAUCCAUUGGAAGGGUACGAAGAGCUGGUUGAUUCCUUCUUUGAAGUGUGUGGAGGGUUACCUCUAUCUCUUCAAGUUUUGGGCAGGCACGUUCAUGGUAGAAGUGAGGAUUAUUGGAGGUCAGAAUUGAUUGAAGUUAGAAAGAUGCUGCCUCGGGAUGUAAAGCAAAGACUCAGAAUAAGUUUUGAUGCAUUGAAUUCCGAAGAAAAACAUAUUUUUAUGGAUAUUGCUUGUAUUUUCGGGGGCAGAGAGCAGAGUAUAGCCAAAAGAGUAUGGGAUGGAUCAGGAUGGAAUGCUCAACAUGCACUGGAAGCGCUCAGAGAUAAGUGUCUUGUAGAAGGAGGAGAUUCUCAUUUGCGAAUGCAUGACCACCUGAGGGACUUGGGAAGAGAAAUGGCAAUUGAGCUCAACCCUCCUCUUCGCCUAUGGCGUCGUCAAGAUUUGAAAUAUUUGGAAUCAAUGGGUUUUAGAAAUAUCCUCACCAAAACCAACCUCAGAUGUUUCCAUUCCUUUUUUGACAAGUCCAUGAAUUCUCAAGUGACAUUCUUCCUAGGCCAAUCAGACAACUAUGUUGAAAUGUCAUCUUCCUUACUAUGGCUCGAGCUUGAGGGCUAUUCCACAAAACAAUCAAUAAAGGGCAUUCCUUCAUGGAUUCCUCUUCAAAGUUUGCAGUAUUUGAAAAUUAAGGUCGGACCAUUUAAAACGUUGUGGAAGGAUCGCAUACAGGCGCCCUCCCAAUUAAAGAGUCUUGAUAUUACAGAUUGUAAACAUUUGAAAAGUGUACCAGGAAUAUCUAAUUGUGUAAAGCUUGUGGAAUUGAAUAUUAGUCGAUGCCCAGAGCUUGAGGAGCUAAGGUUUGGUCAUCUCGAAUCUCUGGAAAGGAUCACAGUUGUGGAUUAUAAACAUCUGAAAAAUAUGUUAGGCACAUCUAAUCUUGUAAAUCUUGUGGAAUUGGGUAUUACUCAAUGCCCAGAACUUGAGGAGCUAACUAUUGGUCAUCUCAAAUCUCUGAAAACAAUCACAAUUGCAGAUUGUAAACAUUUGAAAGAUAUGUCAGGGACAUCCAAUCUUGUAAAUCUUGUGAAGUUGGAUAUUAGUCUAUGCCCAGAAAUUGAGGAGCUAACUCUUGGUCAUGCUGAAUCUCUGAAAACAAUCAUAAUUGCAGAUUGUAAACAUUUGAAAAAUGUAUCAGGGACAUCUAAUCUUGUAGAGCUUGUGGAAUUGGAUAUUAUUCAAUGCCCAGCGCUUGACGUGCUAACUCUUGGUCAUCUCAACUCUCUGGAAACGAUGAGAAUUGCAGAUUGUAAGCAUUUGAGAAAUGUGUCAGGAACAUAUUUCUACUUAGACUAAAGCUUAUGAAGUUGAAUAUUAGUCAAUGCCCAGAGCUCGACAAGCUAACCCUUCGUCAUUCAUCUAUCUGGACACAAUCACAAUGCAGAUUUUAAGGGGCAUCUAAUCUUCUACAGCUUGUGGAAUUGGCUAUUAGUCAAUGCCCAGAACUCGAGUAGAUAAAUUUUGGUCAUCUCAUAUAUAUCUGGAAAUGAUCAGAAUUGUAGAUUGUAAACAUUUGAAAAGUGUGUCAAGCAAUUCCAGAUCUUAGGAAUUAUCAGGUUUAUGAUUUCAGGGAGUUAAUAGCAGCUGAAUAUUUGAAUAGUGUGUCAGUAGCAUCUGGUUUUAGGAUAUUGAGUAUUACUGAAUGCCCGGAGCUUGAAGACCUAAUGCUUGCAAAUCUGAGCUGCCUGAAGAGAAUUAUAAAUGAAAUUGAAGACUCUAAUCAUUUGAAAGAGUAACUCAUUGAUAGAAAUAUAAAAAAAAAAUUGUUGUGAAGAGCAAGCAGCAUUUGCGGUCGUCCGAUGCUUUAGGUGUUGUCAGAUUUUAGAGGUUUAAUUUGUUUGUAAAGGGUUAUUUUUAAUGAAUGUGGUAAGCAUAAAUAUCUUCAAGUGUAUGGUAAAUCUCAAGUUGAAGGAAGUAUCGUUCAAGGGCUAUUGAUUUCAAGAAUCCUUUUAACAGCCAAUUGUAAAUCUCAUGUUGAUUUAAGUAUUGAUUUAUUUCUUUUUUUCA